AUGCUCAACAAAGCCAGAGAAAAAGGCCUGUCAAAAACCUUUGGGUUUAAGAAAACCCUGCUAGCAAGAAAUAAGUCUAAGAAAACUUGCAAGAUCAAAAAUAAUGUCGUACUUCUGAAUUCUUUCUACGCCGGAAGGAAAGAUCUUGAAACCCGAAUCUCAAAGAAAAAGAAGGCCUUGAAAUUUACAAAUAGUAAUAAAGAACAAAAACCGGAAAAAGAACUAAGUUUGGGUUCAAGAUUAACAAGAGAUCCUGAACCAACCCAUUUGCCAUGGAAGUGUCUUUGCAAAGCCAAACUUUACUCCAAAAUUGCUACAGACAUGCCGGAAAUGAAAGAUCCACAACAGAUUCUUUUAGCACCUUAUAGAAAAGUCCAAGCAUGGAAGAAUCUAGUGCGAUUUUAG